UUGCAACAACGUUUCUGCUCUAUGGCUGUUCCGCUCUGGUGUGGUUCCAGCGCUGAGGCCAUUCCCCAGCAGCGAGGAACUAUGGAGCCAGGACCACGGACUGAAAUGGUCAGGCUCCUAGGGUUUACAGGAACGACCCUUCAUUAUUCUUGCUUCAGUCAUCCUUUCAUAGAUAAGAGCUUGAUUUCUGUACGGUGCAUCAAAACCCGUACCAGAUCUUCCUUGCUAGGUCUAUCAGCUUUCUUCGCUUGCUUCGUGACGCUGAACGGUGACCAGAACCCGCAACCAUGGCCGCCACUGCUACCUUACCCAAGUCCUCGUUCUUAGUAGGAGCUGGGUGCUCAACCUCGAGAUCACAGAAACUCUCCCAGUCGUCUGUUCAACUCAAGAAAGGCUCCGUUCCUCAUGGUUUGAAAGCUCAGUCAAGUGGUAGGAAGCAGCCAGGAGUACGAAUGGAGAGUGCGUCCGUAUUGGCUUACGAGAGUUCCAACGGCUCGCAACAAGUAGGGAGUUGGACUGAACCCUCUGCCGUGUCCCCAGCUGUGACUCAACAGAAGAUCGAGUCAUGGCUUCAGCGAUCCGCUGCUGAUAUUAUCCGCCAUCUCGACGAAGCUCCGUUUUUCCACCUGGUGUUCGACGGCGUUCGUGGCUACCGCUCUCCCGUGCGACAACGGCUACCGCAAGGCGUUGUGGAUCACGCUGACAGCUGGUCGACCGUGAAGCAAGCAGUUCAGAUGGACGAUCCUGAUGGCCUCAUCUUGGUUCACCGGUUAGAUGAGAGCGAUCUUGCCAAGAGAUACGGUCAGGAGAUGUCAGGAGAGCUAGAGGAGUCGGCAUCCCCGUCCAGUCCUUGCCAGACGAAUGUGUGGGGAUUGGUAGUAUUGGGAAGAGCCAGCCACCGGCAUGCUUGUUACAUACUGAAGACCACUCGUUGCUCCGCGGCGUCAUCGCUAUCUGCUACACGGUUCUCCAUUACAAGAGCCAAGUGCUUUGGCGCUUCCGUUCACAAGCAGCUGGAGCAGGCAUGGUUGAACAACUAGCCAGGUGCAAAUCGAAGUCAAACGGAUAUUGAACCUCUUCAUAAGUUGUUCUAAAGGGUUCUCACUUCUCUCAGCGGAAUGACGGUGAAAACCUUCAAUCGAAGUACCCUCUGACCUAGUCGUCACUUCUGUCAUUGCGGUGGCGUCGCACCGCCCACCGCUACUUCUGUCAGCAGGAGGCAAUGUGCCAUAAGCCACCAGCUCCGCGUGCGACCCGUCCGCAACCAGACCAGCCAAUGGGGCGAUCGCAAUCCGCGGUCCGCACCGGAAUUUCCCAUUUUCAAUCUAGAACAGACUGAGCAGGCAGCCCCCCAGUUAUCACUAGAGCAUAAAUCCAGCACCAGAAAUCAUUUCAGCAUCAUCAUCAACAGCCCACAGCUCAACUCGACGUCCAUCGAACACAGCUACCACUCGCGAUUCUGCUCUCGCCUGCCUAAGCUCACUUGCUCUCACCAAACCGUGACUGAUACGCAAUCACCGCAUCGCAUCCCGCUAGCCUGGCAGUCAUGGCUCGCAAUGCAGCUCCCGCUACUGUAACCCUUAUCGCUCUCCUCGUCACAGUGCUUUUCGUGCAAGGAACCGAAGCAAGGUUCCUUCCCAACGGUUUCGCCACCAACCGCCUUCCUACUACUAGCCUCAAGCCAGCCACAACAGCCGCGAAAGCAGCUGCAGCAAAGUCAGCAGCUGCAGCCGCCGCAGCUGCCGUAGCUACCGCAGCAGGCGCCAAAGCAGCCGCUGCAGCAAGCGCCAAGGCAGCGGCUGCAGUAAGCGCCACCGCCGCGUCCCUCAACUCGACCAUCUCCGAUCUGGUAUCGUCCCUCGAGCAGCUCGUCGCGAGCCUCAACAGCAGCACGUCCGCUACCGAGGCGGCCCUCCAGGCGCAGAUGUCCGCGUUAAACGCCAGCCUCACUGCUCUUUCCGAGAGCCUCGCCAACCUGAACUUCACGUUCACUAGGGCCGCAAACGCUUCCUCGUCCGGGAUUGCAGCAGCGCCGCUGCUGUCUGCACUGAACUCUCAGCUUUCGGCGCUUAACUCCAACUUGUCCGCUGUAGACUUGAAGACGAGCAUCGACUCCCUGAAAAAGGACCUGGCGGGCUUGGUCGUCGGGUCGGCGGGGGCUCAGCCUCUCGCGGCGGGGGUUUCUGCUGGGACAGUUUCGUCAAGCGCAACCAGUACCGUGCGUGCCGCGGCGUUGGCGAAGCAGGUGGAAGCUGUGGCGCAGCGAGUCGCGGGGAUCAACGCUAACGUCUCCGCGCUCGCUGGGAGGGUGAACGGCGUUACGGCGCUGCUGAACGCUGCUCUUAACGGAGCGCUCGGCGGCGCUUUGAAUGGUACCUCUCUCAACGGCGCUCUGAGCCUUCUGCCCCAGCAGGCAGGCAUGCUGCGCGGAGUGCUGACGUCGUGCAAUGGACUGCUGUCUCUCCAGGCCGGUGCUGCUGAUAUCCAGAUCCUCGAGACUGGCUCAGACUACCUGGUCACAUACUACCUCUACGCAGCAGGAGUGACUAAGGCCCCAGAAUCUCAGGCUAUUUUCAAGGGCAAUCCGUGCAACACUGCUGCCACGGUACCCCUAGCCCUCCCUGGCACGUGGCUGCCCAUGAGCCCUGUCUCCUGGUCGCUAGCCAAUGUUGUGAGGGCGUCAGCUGCUGAUGUGGCGGAUGUGCUGGCAUCGCUCCAAGGGAUCACCAAUGACAAUCUCUACAUGGGGUUCUUUGGGGCUGAUGGGGCGCUUUCAGGGAAGAUGAUUGGAGGGAGAUUUUGAACAAGUAGCUCAGGGGGAUGGAAGUGGUUGGAACAUGUUAGAUGCUUCAGACUGACGAUGAUGUAGGCUUGGAAUGAGGUGUUGCAUCUGUCAUGUUCCAAUCCAACCAGCUAGGUCGUGUGCAAACGUGUACAAGCAUGGUGGAUAAAGAUUGUGGUAAAUUGGCCCAACUUUUAAGCUAG